AUGAAUCAUGAAGGUACUUAAAUUCAUGAAGAUCAAAUGAAAUGCCAUAUUCAUCAGCUUAAGAUGAUUGCUGUAGGCCUAGAUUUAUCAAAUAAUGGAUAAUUUUCUUACUUGUGUUGUAAUUGUUUAGUAGAGUAAAUGAAUAAUUAUAAUAUAUUAACAUUUGAAUAAAUAUAACAGUGGGUUUAAUCAUAUACGGCGAAAAAAUAAUAAUAAAAACUAAAUUCAAUCACAAUAAUAUUAGAAUAGUUUAAACUCAUAUAAGUAUCAAUUAAAAAAUUCAAAUCUAAAGCUGAUGAGAUUUUGAAAGAGAUCGAAAGCCAAAUAACAAAAAAAAUUUCAACUUUUGUAGAAGAAAACUAAUUUUUAGAAUAAUAAAUUUUAAAAGAAAAAGAAAUUUUAGAAAAAAAGAAAAUUGAAAAAAAAAAUGAUUUACCUCCUUAGGAUGUUAAAUUUUUUUUACAAAUUUUUUCAACCCCAGAAUAACAAGAUGAACUACAAUAAAAAAUUUUAGACGUAGAUACAAUUUUUAAAAAUUUUGAGCUCAUUUCUAAUGAUUAAUCAUAUAUCGAUACUAUUUAGGCUUUUAAGAAUGCUAAAUAGAAAAUAACAGUAGUUAAUGUUGGUAAUCAAAUUGAAAAAAUGCCUAAGCAAAUUAAAAAUAAUAAAGUACCUUUUAUAUAUUGAUUAAGAAAUCAUUAAGUUUAAAGAUUCUUUGUAAAGCACAUGAUAAAGAAAUAAGUCAUAUUGACAUAGAGUCUAAAAAUAAAAAUAUAGAAGACAGAUUUGCUUGUCCUGAAUGCAUGUCUCAUCCUGGCUAAGAAGUAUAUGGCACAAUAGAAAAAGUAAAUUAGUCAUGGAAUGAUAAAAUAGAACAAUAAAAUUAAGUUGGAAAUGAAUUGAAGGUAAAGAAGUAAAAAAAAUAAGAAAAAUUGAAUGAAAAAAUUGCUAAAAUGAGAAAGAAUUACAAUGAAUAAUUAAAUAAAAUCAAUGAUCAAUUAAAAAGUGAUUUUUCUAGUACAAAUGAGAUUAUUUAGUUUAAAUAAACUUAUCUAGAAUAAUUAAAUAAAGAAGAAUUAUUAUAAAAUCUUAAAUAUUUGAUACAAUAUGAAGAUAAAGAUAAAAAUACUUAAGAUCCAAAGAUUAAGGAUAUGAUAACUAAAAACACUAAUAAUUCUAAAGAUAUUGAAAAAAAAUUAGUACAGUUAAAAUAGUAUGAUUUAAUAAAUAUUUAAGAGUCAAUUAAUAUUUUACAAGAAAAAUCAAGUAGAUGACAACCAAAUUCAAGGAAUUAUCUUAUUAUUUGAAAAAAUAUAAGGGAGUUCAUAAGCAAAUUAAGAAUAAUUGAUGAAAAAACAAGAAUUGGAUGAAUUUAUUAGUUCUUCAAAUUAGAUAUAUUGCUAAUUGGAUUUAUUGAAUUAGACAAUUUCUUAAUUUUAGUAACACUUAAAAGAAAUUAUUUCAAUCCAAGAUAAAAUUAAAUCAAUUUCAGAUCAAUAAUAUUUUAUUAACAUAGAAAAAUAAUUUAAAGAUUACAAGGAUCAAUUCGAAAAGGAUUUUUAACAUUUGAAGAAAUUUUGUGAAAUGGAGGAAGCAAUAAAGAAAUGGUAAUUCGAUUUAGAGCUAUCGUAAUAAAACUCAAUUAAAUAAGAUCAAACUUGUUUUGCAAUUGCUGUUAAUAAAGAUUUUACAAUAUUAAUUGCUGGAUGUAAUAAUUAAAUUUAAGUAUUUGAAUUUAUAUAAGGAAUCUUAAAAUAAGUUUAAGUAUUAAGUGAACAUGGUAAGAAUAUACAUACUUUAAAUUUCAUGAAGAGAUCAAAUUAUUUUAUAUCUGGAAGUGUUGAUAAUUCAAUAAUAAUAUGGGCAAGAAAUCAAAAUAAUUCAUGGAUUUUCCAAUAGAAAUUGAAUGGACAUACAGGUAGUAUACUAUGUUUGUUAUUAAAUAAUAAUGAAGAUAUUAUAGUAUCUGGUAGUCAUGACUAUUAGAUUAAAUUUUGGUAGAAGUAAAAUGGAUGGUUGUGCUCUUAGACAAUUACAGAUCAUACAAGUACUGUAUAUGGAUUAAGUUUCAAUGAAUAAUAGAAUAGAUUGAUAUCUUGUGGAGAUGAUAAUAUUAUAUUAGUAAUUGAACAAUUAGAAUUGAAUAAAUAAUGGAUUGUAAUAUAAAAGAUUACAGUAGAACAAUUUGGAUGUAGAUUAUGCUUUAUUGAUAAUAAUAGAUUUACAUUCUAUCCUUAUGGGAAAGAUUACAUAAAUGUUUUUGAGAUGAAUAAUAGUAAUAAAUAGUAUACAAAGACAAAAGAUAUUCCUGUAAAAAGUGGUAACAUUUAUGAUAAUUCUUUAUUUUCUUCCUAAUAUAUAAAAUUAAAAUGUAUGCUUGUGAAUAAGAAUGGUUAAAAUGUAAGUUUAAUAAGGUUGAAACAAAAUGGAGAGUUUAUGACUGAGGAAAUUAUUGAUUUUGGAACUCGCAAUCUUUUUGGAUAUAUGACUGAUGAUGGACAGUAUUUGAUUACUUGGGAUGGUAAAUCAAAAGAAAUUCAGAUCAGAAAAUAUUAGGAGAAAUGA